GGUUUCACCCACGCGGUGGAAGCAAAUCAAACCCACGCGUUGGUCGGACAAUCUGGUUGCGGCAAAUCAACUGUCUUACAAUUAUUACUUCGUUUCUACGACCCCGCAAACGCUUACGAUGGUUCCGGCGGUAUUUUUCUGAAUGGGCACAACACAGUUGAUCUCUCCCCGUCGUGGAUUCGACAACAAAUCGGAUUGGUUUCACAAGAACCGAAUCUGUUCAACAUUUCUAUUCGUGACAAUAUUGCUUUCGGGGUGAACUCUCGUGAGCCGUCCAUGGAAGAAAUCAUAGAGGCCGCGAAACAGGCGAACAUUCAUGACUUCAUCAUGACGUUGCCUGAGAGAUACAAUACACCUGUUGGAGAACGAGGCUCACAACUGUCCGGUGGUCAGAAGCAGCGUGUGGCCAUUGCCAGAGCUUUAAUCAGAAAACCUCAGUUGCUUCUGCUGGAUGAGGCCACCUCAGCGUUGGACAAUGAGAGCGAGCGUGUGGUUCAGGCCGCGCUGGACGAGGCAAUGGGCCAACGGACGAGUUUGAUGAUUGCGCAUCGAUUAACAACGGUCGAACGCGCGGACCAGAUAGUAGUCCUCGAGAAAGGUCGUUUACGUGAAAAGGGAACCGUGAGCGAAUUAAUGGCGGCCAAACAAGCGUAUUAUGCUUUGCAUGCAAUGGAGAGUUGA